UUCGAAGAUCGGACCCAAGAUUCGAUUCUGUUAAGUGUGACUCAAAAUGACAAUAAUUACACAGAUCGAGAUUGAGGCUCCUCCCGAAGAAGUCUGGAAAGUGUUCCUCGACUUCGAAAACUGGCCGAAGAUCAAGAGCGACACGAUAAAAGCAGUAGCAAGACAGCCAGGACAUCCCGAAGGACCGAUCAAAGAAGGAGAAGUGCUGAAUGUAAAUUUUGGCAUCAAUAGCACGGUCACUGUACUAGAAAACUCUCCUAGCCAGUUUAGGUGGCGGGGUGAUAUGCUCUAUGUGAUAUCUGGUGAACACACCUUCCGGUUCGAGCCAAGCAAGAUCACUCCCGGCGGAACGACGUUCAUCAACUCCGAAAUCCCGUUUCGUUUAAAUGUGCUGUUGAUGAGGCUUUUGCCGGCGGAAAGCAUGUUCCAGCAGUUCUGUAAGGACUUUAAGGCUAGAGUUGAGAGUGCUGUGAAGAAGGAAGCAGGAGGAGGCACGACGACGACGCUUUGAAUGCGGGUUUGAAACAAAGUGGCUGGCUUGAUUGGCAAGAAUAGGGGAGAUAUAGACAAGGAAGGAGAAGGGACGGAAUGUUCUUGGAAGGUUGCAAGGUACCCUCUCGGAAAUUUGUCGUGAGAUAGGUACUGUACCUAGGAACGGAGAUGUGACCAAGAUGUGAUGUUCCUUGCAUCAAAUCCUGAUAUGUGCCGGCGCCGCGUGAUUGCCG